AUGGCAGCAGCAUCCAAUUCCGCUUCUGCAUCCCCCUCCGGCAACAGCUUCUCGUCCGCCGCUAAGGACGGCAUGACGGUGGAGGAGUGCGAGACUAUGAUCCAAAGAAGCCUUAGAACUCCAUCGGUGAAGUUUUUACGGGAGCAUUUGGAGAAAAGUGGAUGUAAUAUCGCGUCCAAUUUUAUCAAGGCUGUCAAUUGCGACCAAAAGAUGAGUGGUGGUUAUGUUCGCGGAGAAGGGAUAGUGGUAUGUAGCAAUUACAUGAACAUUCAAGAUGAGGUAAAUCAAGUGGUUAUCCAUGAACUAAUUCAUGCAUAUGAUGAUUGUCGAGCUGCAAAUUUGGAUUGGACUAAUUGUGCUCAUCAUGCUUGUAGUGAGAUUCGAGCUGGGCAUCUCAGUGGUGAUUGCCACUAUAAAAGGGAACUCUUGCGAGGUUUUAUCAAAAUAAGAGGCCAUGAACAAGAGUGUGUGAGGAGAAGGGUAAUGAAGUCAUUAGCCAACAAUCCAUAUUGUUCAGAAGCAGCUGCUAAGGAUGCAAUGGAAGCUGUGUGGGAGACUUGUUAUAAUGAUACAAAGCCAUUUGACAGAGCCCCUUGAGAUUUUUUAUAUAAUUUCUGGGUUGAGUUUUUCCCCAUUUUUAUUCAAAGUAUGUAAUUUUAAGAAGACUUGAGCAUUGAUAUUCAAGUAUAUUUGAGAAUUUUUCCUGAAUAUUUUCUCUAUAAUGUUUUUGCAUUUCCAUAAUAAUUGUUGUUUUCGACUUAGAAUCAUUUA